AUGUCCGCCAUCCUCGUCCGCCUAACAGCAAACUACCACCGACUCAUCAUCGGCUCCGAUCUCGGCCAAGAAGACUGGCACCAACAUAUACCUUGGCGGAUAUACAACCUCGAUAAACGCGCUAGUUCGAUAACUAACGUGGUUAUACAUUUCAUCCGGCUCUACGAUACCAUUCUCGCAAACUCGAACCCAAAUUGUAUCGUUAUCUGGCAUAAUCUAUGUCUCCUCUUAACAGCGGAUAUCCGUCUCCAUGAACGUGCUGCCGGAAGAGAAGGUCCGGAAGCUAUGCAGACAGCCCGACAAGCUAUAGCCUUAUGGGCGAAGACACCGGCUGCACGUCGAGCGUGUCUACAUGCCGCCCAGAUAUUUCAUAGGCUUUCUAAUUGGAAGCCGAUGGAUGGGAUGGGAUUUCAGCCUGCAAGGUGUUUGUUGAAUUCUGCGCUUGUUCUUGCUUUUUAUACCCUUGUUAGUCCGGGGGCUACUGAGGCUAGGCACGCUGAUUCGUUCGAUCUCGCUACGGCGGAUAUUGACUGGAAGAUUGUGGGGGAAGAGGGCAUGGCUGAUAGCACCCCUGAAGGUCAACAACCGAGGACGGAUGAUCCUGCUGUCAACUUUAUUCGCUUUGGGGGCCCGGUUGUUCUAUGUGGGAAAACGUAUUUCGGGGGCGCUAGUUAUGCACGGCGGCUUUUGUUGGAUUUUGCGAGUCUUUUGGAUGAGGUGGGGAGACAUUGGAUGGCGAAGUAUCCGAGACUUUUGUAUAUGAUUCAUGAUACUAUGGUAGAUGUGGAUGUUGGUGGUGAGAUGAGGGAGGGAACUGCUUGA